GAUGCAUAUACCGUUAUCAGUGCAGCUUAUCUUAUCUCGCCGUUAGCCAUACCGCGGGCGGGCAUUAAACGUGCAAGAAUUAAAUGAAAGGGGAGCCUUUCUAUACCGAAUUUGUUUUUGGUGUGAUAAGACAACACACAAUCCGUGUGUAUUCUCAACACAACAGGUGAAUACAAUCAGUAAUCGAAUGAAUUUCGAAUGAGUCGCGUUAACUACAAAAAACGCUGGGUUAAAAAAAAUACGCUGUACCCCAUUGAUACGCAUAGUGAUAGCAAAAGGAGCGGAGCGGUUUCGAUGAUGCGGGGCAGUGAAACAACGUAAAAUUGGAAAUAUGUGGAAAAUAGUGUAGUGAAAGAAUUGUGCAAUUACAAAGUGCAGGCAAACUAAAUACGAAAAAGAUUUCAACGAACAAAUUAGUAAAUGAGAAAAAUUUAAAAUUAAUUAAAAAAUAUAAAUAAAAUAAAUAAAAAAUAUUAGUAAAUAUUGUUUAAUCAAAAACAUAUUACAUUCAUCAUUAAUAAGGUUGUGCGCAUAUAAAUUAAGGAACACACUCCCAUGUCAAAUGCUACUUCACAAAACUGGUGUACCAACGUAUAAAAAUGUUUAAGCUCUCCUACUACUUGACCAUCACAUUACUCCUCUACAGCGUCACAUUGACAUCCGCGCUCAAUUGUCCGCAAAACUGCAAAUGUUUAUGGGUGCUUGACAGUCUUAGCGUGGAUUGUUCACGUAAAGGCUUAACGGUAUAUCCUAGUUUCUCCGAUUUACCCAUCGACCAUCUGGAUUUGUCUGGCAACAACUUCGAUCAUUUUCCAACACAAUUGGCGGACAUUGAAUCACUCGUCUACCUAGAUCUGUCAAACAAUAAUAUCACGCACGUUGAGGCGAAUGCUCUCUUGGGCUUCACCGCUUUACGCGUUUUGCUGCUGGCCAACAACAGUUUUAGCAAUUGGUUGGAUUUGAAUCCGAGUGUUGCUUUUCGCAAUGCAAUCAGUUUGAAACACCUCAGUUUGAGUGGGAAUAAUCUGCAGAUAUUCACGGGUUAUAAGACCGAAAAAACUUUGGUUAGUGAAACGCUGACAGAUCUCGAGCUGGCUAAUUGUGGCAUUACGACAGUUGGCGGCGAUCAUCUCAUAAAUGGACUGCCCUCACUCGAUCGUUUGGUGUUGUCGGGCAAUGCACUCAUAACAUUAAAUAAUAUACCAUCGGCUACCUUGCGUGUGCUGGAACUGAGCAACUGCAGUUUGCUUCGUGUGCCAGCCGCUUUGAUAGAAAGUCUACCCAAUUUAGAGACAUUAAAUGUUUCGUGGAAUUUCGCACUGGAGUUCAAGGAUCCGUUGAUAUCCGAAACACUUUUGGAGCUGGAUGCCUCUUUUUGUAAUUUAGAUGGCGUCAAUUUGAGUGGUUUCCCGAGUCUGGCGCGUGCCCGUCUGCGUGGCAAUAUGCUGCGUACACUCGAUGAGUACACUUUCGCCAAUAACUCACAGCUUCAAACAGUGGAUCUGGCGCGCAAUUCCAUACGCAACAUACAACCUGAUGCCUUCAUUAAGCUGAAACACUUGACCACACUCGACUUGUCCUACAAUGAGAUCGCGCGUCUCGAUAAGAAUUUGUUUCGUGCCAACGAUGUGCUCGUCUCGCUCAAUCUCAGUCGCAAUGUUAUGGAGAAAUUCACGAAACUCGUAUCGAAUUCACUGCGCGAGAUUAACUUUAGUGGAUGUGAAGUAAUUGCGAUCGAUAGUAAUGCCUUAACGGGUUUAUCGGUGUUGCAACGUCUGGACUUGUCCAAAACACUCAUAAAGGAAUUUCCCGCGAAUAUGCGUUCAGAAACGCUUCAGAAAUUGGACUUGAGCAACUGCAAAUUAACAGGCGUACGAAAUUCAACAUUCUCAGGAUUUCCGGAAUUGGCAUGGUUGCUCUUGAAUGGCAAUCGAUUUACGAAUCCAAUACCAGCUUCAUACUUUCGCCUCAACCACUAUCUGGACGCUAUCUGGCUUAGCGAUAAUCCGUGGAUUUGCGACUGUCACGAUAUCACAUUUAUCGAUUUUUAUGAUUAUUUAACUGCGCCGCCACAGAAGUUAAAAGAUCGCUCGAAUUUACGCUGUGCUUCUCCCGCUCAGUUCUAUGGCAAGACAUGGGAGAGUGCUUGCGGCAGCAUUUGGAUACCAAAUGGGCAUACUUCCAAAGCAGAGAAAGCGUGGACUGUGAUAAUGUUCAGCCUGCUAGCAGCUGGUGCCGGGUUUCUUGUAGUCUCCCUACUUAAAAAAUACAUCAAACACCGCAAGCGACGACGUGAUCGGUAUGAGUAUCGACAAAAUCGUGACGAGAUGAUGGAAAUACGCGAGCAGAACCAACGCAUGCUAGAGGAUACUGGCACGCCCAAUGCGCCAAGUCCAUACGAAACCAACUUACCUUCCUACGAGGAUGCGAUACGCAUGCCAAAGCUGGAGCGUCCAAUUAAGUCAAUGGUCGAUCUGACCGAAUCGGGGCAUAUGCGACGCACUAAACUGCGACGCUCACAAACCAACCCUGACGGUGACAUGGAAGAUGGUGAUUUAAUGUUGGACGAUCGUCAGCGUUUCCGCAGCGAGGAAAUGCUGUCUAAUCGCGUAAAAGAGCGCACAGCAAAUAUAAUGCCCUUCGCACGCACCGGCUAUGUUGAGUACAGCAAUUCACGUAGUCGACGCUUGAGCGCUGAGGGUACACGUUUCCCAGCCGCGCACUUGAAGUCACAGAAUCUGCAAAGCGCCGAGAAGAUUGCCAACUUCCAGGGUUACGAACACAGUCCGUACACAAAGCGACGCCCGAAAGUGGCCGAAAUACCGCCAUUCAAACGCGCCACAAUGCGCACCGACAGCGUUGAGUUCCUCACCGAUCCGGAGUAUGAAGAUCACAGCAAACCGGGCAGUCCAUUUGCGCGACGCAAACCAAAAUCGCCCACAACGCCAUCAUGCGCUGUGUCACCGGUAACUAGCCGUCCUUUGGCGCCCGCCGUUGAAGAUUAUUUUGGUGGCACGCCAAAGGCACGUGUCUCUUCAUCGGACGACAGUGAUUUUCAGCUGGUAGUUGAGCCGGAAAUCUCUUCGAUUGCCGAGCUGCACAAUACAUCUUCGAGCGGUGGUGGUGCUGGUGAAGCGUCGGCGAACUUAGAGCGUGGUAGGCGCAAGAAGCGUUUGAACUCAACGAGUAGACGUGCGAGUGGUAGCUUCACUGCUGCUGCUGCGGCUGCAGCUGCUGACGAAACUUCGUCCUCAUCUUCCGAUAGAGAACCGAUUGUGGUAGUGCAUAAGCCGAUGCGUGAAACGCUCUUCUAAGGUAGGAGGAGUAGAGGACGGGAUGGUUAAUUAUUUUGUUUUGCUGCAUACACUCGCGCAUAUACUUACUACUUUUUAAGGCGCUUCAAGGAAGCGCUGACAUUUAUGUGCCAAAGUGCUUUUACAAGAAGUAUUUAACGCUUAAUUAUAGUUGUUGAUUAUGUAUGUAUGUGUAUAAUUAAAAUUUAUUUUUAAGUCGAUUGUCUAUUAGA